AUGAGGGAUUUUCCAUCUAACAAGAUAAAAGAUUUGGCUUCUGAAAAUGAAGACUGGUGUCAACAAAAUGAGUCAGUCAUGGCUACAAAAUCUAAAUAUUUUGUGGAUACCAUCUCUGUAAUCUUCAACAAAGAUGAUCUAGAUAUUCCCGUUAGCAUCUUCAAAGUGCCCACCUCUCUAACUCGACUCAACCCUGAAGCUUAUGUACCAAAACUGGUGGGGUUGGGUGCCAUCCAUCACUUGAGGCCUGAGCAUGGACAGAUGCAAAUGUCCAAGGCCAUGAAGGCCAAGAGAAUCCAUCAGAAAUUUCAAGACCUCGAUUUUCAUAAGCUUAUUGAGCUUCUUCAGGAGAUGGUAGUUCCCUCUGUACGAGCUUCUUAUAACAUGUACUUGGAGAUAGCUGACGAUGCUCUUGCUUGUAUAAUGGCCAUAGAUGGUUUGUUUCUGUUUGAUUUACUUUGCUGUUAUGGAAUCAAGAAAGAAGAUUAUUUAUACUCAAGAUUUUUGAGUCAUGUGAUGGAUUAUUCUGGGAGGAGAUUGGCCAAAGAUAGGACACUGAGAGAAGUUAUGAUGCUUGAGAAUCAAAUUCCUUUCUCUGUGUUGAGGACUAUCUUGUUCAUAGAAUCGUCAAAAUUUGAAAUGGUGAGUGAAGUUUUGCCAAAAGUCUUGGUGGGUUUUUGCCAAUAUGUCUCACCAUUUGACAUAGUGGCUGAUUACCCAUCUUACAAGACUCUAAACCAUGCCCAUUUGUUGGAUCUUCUUUACCAUUUGAUCAUGCUCAAUGCCUCUCCUGGAAAUAAUCUUAGAGAAGAAAAGAAGGAGCUUCAGUCGUUGAUAGAACUCUUUGAGAAAGUGAAUAAAAUCCAAGUUCCAAAAACUGACAUCAGCAUCAGUACAGAAGAAGAAAAUAAAAACAAAACUUUAUGGGCAAUGCCAGGGGAGUCUGCAUGUGAACUGUUAAUGCCUUCUGUAUCUUCAAUUGCAAUAUCUAGCAAACUUUCCGAACAGAGCUUCAACAUGUUACAAAAUCUAAAGACGAAACCUUCAUUCCAAGAGCCUCGAAGCUACAUAAAGCCGGGAGUAAAAUUUGUACCAGCUCACAUUAAAAGCAUCAAAUUUGACUCAAAAAGCAUCUCCUUUCACCUACCCUCAAUCAAACUAAGUGGAAAUUCAGAGGUUAUUAUCAAGAACUUGGUUGCAUACGAGGCUUUGAGGUAUUAUGAGACAGAACCGCUGGUUCUAACAAAGUAUGUGGAAAUUAUGAGUCAUCUUAUAAGGACUUAUGAAGAUGUUAAAGUGCUUAAGGAUAAUGGGAUUAUAGAAAUGGAUCAGUCCAUCAGUGAGAAACAAGUGGCGAAAGUGCUCAGUGGGAUGACAAAGUCCAUACAGUCAACGAAUACCGAGAGCAUAAACAAAGAUAUUGAAGGCGUGAAGAGUUACUACAAUGGUUUAUGGAAGGUAUCAGCUAGGAGAUUCAUCAAAAAGGGGCGGUGGAUUGCCGGACAAUGGUGCAAAAUCUUGGCUGUUGUGUUGUUGCUAUUGCUGGCAGGGUUUCAAGCAUUUUGCUCAGUCUAUGAAUGUAGUCGUCUGUCAUUUGACAGCAGCUACUCUCAGCUAUCGCAGCAAGGCUUGGGAGUAGUUUCCAUGAGGUCUUCUGAGUAG